AGGGAAGAGCGGGUGCCCUUCGGCCCGAGCACGGAAAAUGGCGAUUUGCGAGGUUGUUUGAAGCCUGAAUUUUCGGUAAACACACUCAGCGAACUCGCAACUCGUUGGUUAAAUGUGCCCUGAAAACCAUGUAACGUCGACUGUGUGCGAUGGCGAGCAAAGAGAUAAUCGGCCAUCAGCAGCAGUUCGUUGAGGAAAUCGAUUAUAAUGAGAUCGAAACUGAGCAGGUAGUCGGCAAAGGUUCUUUUGGAGUCGUCUGGAAGGGAAGAUGGAGAGGACAGGAUGUCGCUGUGAAACACAUAAACUCGGAAGGAGAAAGAAAAGCCUUUACUGUGGAAGUUCGACAGCUAUCCAGAGUCGUUCAUCCCAAUAUUGUUAAAUUAUAUGGUGCAUGUACCAAGAAUCCAGUAUGCUUGGUUAUGGAGUAUGCAGAAGGUGGAUCAUUGUAUAAUGUACUACAUUGUAAUCCUCAACCACAUUACACUACUAGUCAUGCUAUGAGUUGGGCUCUGCAAUGUGCACGUGGUGUUGCGUAUCUUCAUAAUAUGAAGCCGAAACCAUUGAUACAUAGAGACCUAAAGCCACCUAAUCUGUUAUUAGUCAUGGGUGGACAGAUGCUUAAGAUCUGUGACUUUGGCACAGCCUGCGACUUACACACGUACAUGACUAAUAAUAAAGGCUCAGCCGCAUGGAUGGCACCUGAGGUGUUUGAAGGCUCUAGGUAUACAGAGAAGUGUGAUGUAUUUAGUUGGGGUAUUAUUUUGUGGGAGGUCUUAGCACGUCAAAAGCCCUUUGAUGACAUGGGUGGUGUCUCAGCCUUUAGGAUAAUGUGGGCUGUUCAUGUAGGACAAAGACCUCCUUUAAUAGAAGGAUGUCCGAAACCACUCGAGAAUCUUAUGACUAGAUGUUGGCAAAAAAUACCUGAGGCAAGACCUUCUAUGGACGAAGUAGUGAGGAUAAUGACCAAGCUGUCAGAAUUUUUCAGUCAUCAUUUAGAACCUAUUGAAUAUUCCUUAAGUAGCGAAGCUGAUAACAUAGAUGAGGAUCAAGCAUCGAGGGAGGAUACAUUAGAUGUAGCCAGUACAUUAGAUUCUCGCAUGAACGGUUCCGUUGCAAACGGUACUAUUUGUACAAUUCCAAAACCCCUAGAGAAAGCUAACAAAUGCUCCAGAGUAGAGAAUUCAUUGCCUUUUGCAUUAAGUCAAGUAACGCCGUUCGGCGAUACGCCAACGAAUUUCUUGCCGCGGCAAAAUAAUUUAGGAUUUCAACGAAUACCUGACGAGUGUCCGGUACUAAUAUUGACUAACCAUUUUCCUGGGAACGUGGAUAGCAAUUUAGAACACGCCAAAUCGUCGAUCUCUCAAAACGCAGCGGUACCGGCAUAUACCGACAAGUUCGAUGCAACGCUGCAACGCAAAAAUUGCAAUUUUGCUCCAUUACAUGUGGAGUGUGAUCCGCAUGCUUGGGAUUUACCGAGUUCCUCUGACACAUCUUGGGAAAUUCCAAAUAAUAUGGCCGGAUUGGACAAAGUGGUUCAGAAAACGAAGAAAAAUAUUCAAAGUAGCAGCACCACGAGUGAAGACCUGGGCAAUGUCUGUCGCCUUUUGGACGCCGACCUGAGGCCUCUGACGCCCGACGACACGUGCAAACGUUCGCGAGAGAUCUUCGAGGAGCACAAGCAGAUAGCGCAGGAGUACCUCAAGGUACAAACGGAGAUUGCGUUGUUGAGCCAGCACAAGAACGAGAUGUUGAAGAAUCUGAGCAUCGACAGUCUCAGGCAACAGCAGGAGCUGCAAAAGCUCGAAGAUGAAAAGGAGUCGCUGCUGAAGCUGUGCCGCAACCUGCAGCGGCAACUGCAGAUCAUGAAGGAUCAGAGGAUCAAGGGAGCGUUGACAAACGCCGCCGCCGCUGCCGCAGCCACCGCCACGCCGACGAUAGGACCAGCCGUUUCCGGAAACAACGGCUGGGUGGUGGUACCACGUCCGGACCCGUCGCGGCUUUCUUGAGGCUCGACGCGCGUUCAGCGAGGGUCUCGAAUAUGUACUUAUAUAUCACGUUGUGGCGUUAUCGGCCCGACGACGCGGUUGGUUGGAAUCGUAUACACGUUGUUGAAAUUCCAAUUCAAUUUUAUACGAAUGCAAAUCGCGCCGCUUACUACCGACGAUAAAGUCGAGGCUACGCGAAUAUUAUGAUUAUCUAGCGAAAGACGAUCUGAUUUUUAUCACUGGACUGGAUGUUCUGGAUGUGGAGACUGUAAUUGACUUCCGAUCUCGCGUGAUACCAGAAGGAUUUCAGAUAGACAUUUCAGAUAUACAGGUACGCCUUUCAUUAGAUUUGUCUUACUUUUUUUUUAAUCUUGCCAACGCGCAUUUUUUAUUCGCGCUGCAAGGUUUAGUGUGUAGGAUUUUCUUAUAUGAUAACGAAAUUGAUCAACAUGGCAGCAUGGAAUUUUCCUAUAUGAUAGCAGUAUCUUUGAGAAGGCAAUGGAAGAUUAUUUGCGUUUUGAAAGCCUCUCGGAGGCAUUCUUGACGAUAUAUAACGCAAUCUAGUCGCUUCGACGAUGACUCAUGCAAUUGAAUCAAACUCUACAUUUGGCUUACAAAGAAUGCGUUGUACGAUCUUUAUUAUGUAAGCUAUUGCCUACCGAUCGAAAAUAUUUUACACAGAUUUUUCCAUGCGAUCUAAUAUAAUGUAUUCUAGAGAGAAGAAUAUUGCAAAUCGGAGCAACGAUCAACAAACAUGGAAACAUAUAGAUUAUAUUUGAAUUUUAUUUCCAUGUACGAUAUAUAUACACAUAUAUAUCUGAUUGAAUUUAUAUUAUCGUGUAUCAGGAAUAUAGUCUGUAUACGACUAUAGUUAUUACUUUUAGCCAAUCGUAUUGCAAAAAACGGAUUAAAAUUCGUUCUUAUGUAAGAUUUUUUUUCUUAAUAAUUGCUUUACUUAAAUGCGAGAUUGACAUUUUCGGAGCAAUUACAGGUCUAAUAAAUUGUAAAGAUAAAGACGCUAUUUAAGCGACAGUGAAUUAAUCGGGUGUGCAGAAGCAUGUCUGAACGUUUUCUAUUUUAAUGAAACCGAGUAAGCGGCCGUCUGAGAUGCAAAAUAAUUAUCGGAACAAAUUAUUGUAAGAUGUGUAUCGGAAAAAAAUAGAAUGGAACGUCGAAAAUUAGAGAAUAGAUGACAAUCGUCGUUGAUAAUGUA